AUGGAAUCAUGGCGGGAACGAGGGUAUGUGCCGGACUCGGACGAGGAAGAUGGACUGGACAGUCAGGAGAAGUUGAGUGGGGAGGACGAGGAAGAGAAGGUGGUGGAUGGGUCGCAGGAUUUGGGGUCGGGGGAAGUCGCUGCUCCUGCUACGGCUGGGAAGAGGAGUGGACAAGGGUUACGAGGUGAAGAUGAGGGUGAUGGGGAAUCGCAGGAUGAGCCUCUGGAUGAUGGGGAGGAUGUGAAUAGGUCUCGACAAGAUACACCAGCCCAGGCCAGUGACGGACCGGCGAAUCAAGGAGAUAAGGACGAGGACGAAAACGAGCGCCGCGAACCGACUUCCUUGGCAGAAACACCCCAGGAUGACACGACGGAUGACGAGACGGAUUCGCAAGCUACGCCCGUAGUGAAAAGGAACGACCAGAAUGCCCCUCGAUCUCCCAGCUUGCCUGCACGAGACGCCGGUGGACCUUCGACUCCGCAACGGACGAGCGAUGAAUGGGAUGUUCCUGAUUCUUCGCCGGAUGAACUGCAGACGGAAGUUCUUACCACUCGGAUAUCGAAACACAUUUCUCUCCCCCCUAGGCCUGGUCGUACACCUAGACAUGCACCUAGAAGGCGAUCACCCAAACACACGCCUAUCCCUGCGCCUAGCAGACGCUUACCCGAACGCACACCUACCCCUGCACCUACCGAACACGCACAGCAGACCAAUGAAAACGAGGGUGUUGACGAUUCUCCCCUGUCAUCUGCGCCGUCAUCUCUCCAUUCGGUACGCCUGGAUGAUGGAAAUGAACAAAAUAAGCCGGAGAGCCAGCAUGAGGACAAUCUGGAGGAAAUUCGGCCGGAAGACAACCUGGAAGAUCUACUCCCUCACCUUGACAUUCCGGACGAUGUACUACAAGAACUAUCCCAUCCGGCACGAAGGUCACUAAGAGAACGCAAUCCCAUUCAGUUACACCCGUAUCUCCUCGAGGACGCCAAAUACCAACGCCUUAUGAAGGCAGGAGGCAUCAAGCCGGUGCGCAUUGCUCAAAUUCAACAAGCACUACGUGAACAGGCUGCUGCGAAUGAGGAGAGUCAAGGCCAGGAUUUCGUCAAUGCUGAACCCCCGUCAAGCAGCCCGGCUGGUAAUUUUGAAUUCCCGUCUUCUCCUGCAGAGCCUCGGAUCCCUGAAAGGCGACCACGUCAGAGCCAUUCGCCAAGAGCUCCUCGCUCAGCGAAGCGGCGAAAGGUAUCACAUCCGAAUAGGACCCACCAUCACCAAAGGGAACAGCCGCUACAUACUAGCCUCGCUUUUGAUAUCCCGCUUAGCCCACCACGAUCGGGGAGCGUCUCCUCAGCGCACACCGCGCAAGCCCAGUCUGGCUUCCGGUUCCCUCCAGGGUUUACGCCGCCUGCGUUGAAUACACCAGUCACAGAACCGAGAACCAACAGAAGAGACGUUGGCGAUGAAAUUAGUGCGGGAUCAGCCUCUUCUCACAGUCAACCAAACUCUGAUGUUGAAAAUAACCAAGAGGACCAGGAACGCGCUGUCAGAGCUUUGCAGCGUAAGAUAAAAGGUGUUCUUCCGGCAUCAUGGCUUCGACUUGACAAAGAGAAACAAAAGGAUAAAAUUAGUUUGAUCCAAAGGAAUCGUGAUAGGGCUGCUUCCCACAGACCAGAGAAUGCGAAAGGUGUUGCGAAAAAAAUCAUGAGAAGGACUGACUCGGGGACCACACCAAAUGCAAGAGCGCAGUUAACAUCUUUGAGUCAUCUUGCUGAUGACGAUAAUGAAGGAAGUGAUGGUAGCGACGGUGGUAGACCCCUGACCGAGCAGGAUCCGCAAUUAACGCUGGCGGAUGUGGUCGGUUUCGAAGAUCCAUCCUUUGAUCAAGAUCUGGGCGAUGACAUCCCAGAGGACAAUCGUAUUGACAACAUGUUUCCGCCAGUCCCUCGAGACCCUUCAUCUUCCAGCAGAACGCAAGGUGCGAAGCGUCACAGGCCCACAAAGAACGCUAUGCACACUGGGAACGAGAGGAAACGGCCUCGCCUAAAACGGCAAACCAGGCUUACCGAUCCAGCUUUUGAAGGCCGGAAAACGAAGCAAUUUUCUUCUAGGGCUCCCAGGGUUUCCAAGUCUUCCAGAGCUCCGAGAGUUCCCAGAUUGGGUAUAUUGGAUGCUCCAGACGUGGCCGAACGGCCUAGACAGGAACAGCCAGCCUUCCUUCGAGUUGCAGCGCGGCAGGCGCGUUCACGCCGUGAUAGAGGGAGACGAAGUCCGACUAGAAAGUUCUUUGACUUGGGUUCGCGAAACGAUACGGAAGACGCUAAUGUGUCUUUGCAUAACUGGCGACGAGGGAAGCUUCGGCAGACUCGCUUAGAGCCACUGCGCAGACCUCAAGUAAGGCAGCCUUUGAUGGAUCUUUCUACUAAUGGGCGGGAUACGCAACAUAACCCUGAGGGCCGCAAUGCUCAAGAGGCCAGGGCAAGUAGUGUCCACAUAACAGGAGCGGCCGUCCGGCCUGACAAUGAUAUUGCACCAGAGCACGUUCCGGGAUUAAAUGUCCCUGCACCUGCGGCACCAACGUCGAAAAGAAACAUCACGCCGAGAAGGCCCGGAUUAUCUGAAGUGCAAGGCAACAAAUGGAUCGUCCGUCGGAAUCUUGCUAUCACGUCCCUGAAGCGAAACACCCCAAGGCCGGCGGGGUUGGAAGCGGAAAACACCAGCAGCAACAUGUUGUCUUCGUCGUUUCAACGAUCAUUGUCCGUGCUCAAUCAAGAUUAUUGGCAUAGGCGCGCACAUCAAGCAGAGAGGCCGAGUCUAACACUGGAUCGAUUUCUUUCUGAUAGUGUCGCAUCGGCUACUCCACGUGCCGUUCAGAAAGCAGCAGUUCCAGCUGAACGGUCAUCCAGGUUGAAUGAUACCCCACUGAAUUCCCAACCUCAACCAAAACGCCGUCAGCUAAAGAAGCGUCCUCCGCAGAGGCUAAAUCUCGACACGAUUGAGCGCCAAGGACCACCAACGAUCCUGUCCCCUGCUCCGGUCCCUUCUAUGAUAGACGCAGAUGCUGGUGACCCGCAGCCUGGUCACAGAGCAUCUGGCGGGUUAUCUGGAUUCCGGCGCACGUACACGAUUGAUUUCGAUGUCGCGCCUUUGUAUCCCGGGACGUUCUUUCAUGAGUCUACAUUCGUGGGAAGCGGGGAAUUUGCUCGUUCUCUUGAGCUGGGCUCGCGCGAUAUGGAUGAGGAUGCCGGUCUUUUUCACAUGACCAUUGGGAGUCGGAAUUUCCGUUGGGGUGCUUGGAAUGAUACCGUGUCUUCGGAACUUGGGAUUGCUUUUGAGAAACUCUUUGAACGAAUCGAAAUGGAUAACACAGCCAGCCCGGUGCCACAUUCGGAGAGCUCUCUGAAUCAACAGCCGUACAGAAUACACAGGUCGAUCAUCAAAUACACUACAGAGGUCUUGUCAUUCAUAGAUCCGAUUGAUAGGUCAGAGUUUGUGACAAAAGCUCAUGAUCUUGUUUCCGGUCUCAACGAUCAUCUCGCAACCUUGAUCUCGGCCAAUCGUAAUACCAGCCACUUGAUGAAGAUUGCUUCGUACAAUGCAGUAUUCGCGAACCAGGUAUUCCAUAUUGCUCGCGAUGGCUUGGUCAAUGAUACUAUUGCAAGCGAGGCCAUGGAGCUUGUCAAAUCGGCUUCCAAACAGGUCAUUGCCUUUUUGUCGAGCCCGUCGGGUAUGGCAGAUAUUCGCAAAUUCCUCGAUGAGCAACGACUAAAUGAAAAUCGUGAAGUCGGUAUCCAUGAUGACCAUUCGGCUGUCGAAUCCUACGUUAUUGCUAGGCAUGUGUUGGGAGGCUUUGAUCAAUUCAAGGGCUGCUUUGAAAGCUUUGCCGCGGAGGCCUACUUGCUGUCAGAUGCCAUCGAACUGACCAACUCGAAAGACGUGGCAUCACUUGAAAAAGGAUGGCGUAGCCUCUUCACGACGUUGCCUCUCAACGAAAUCGACAAAUCUGGAAUCGCUCGAAUCGGGUCCCGAUUCAGACAAGCGUACGACAACUGGUCAGUUGUCAAGCAGCUUCUGCGCCCCGUUCUGGAUGAAUACGAUCCUAGUUUCAUGGCACAACCUAUUUCGUAUAACAGCUACUGUCGGGCUUUGUUGCACCGGUGCUUCCAUCUCAUUAACGCCUGGGGAUGGCGGGAUUGCAAACUAAUACUGGACACUCUUUACGACUUCUUCGCGAAGAACACGCUCUACAACCUAAAGCAUGAGGAGAGCUUCGGAUCUCCCGCUUUCCUGGAAGAACUGGAUCGCAAUCCUUCGCCGGAGGUCAGACCAGGAGAGCCGUGCUUCCAUGUUCUAUUGAAGGUCACAGCGAGCGGAUUACGCUUUCUGUCCAAGACAUACGACAAGAAGAAGAUACGGAAUUUUGCCUGGCGGCUUCUACCAAACCAUGGUCGAGUCUAUCCGAAGGAGAUGCCCAUCCGGCACGAAGACCUGGAUGCUCUACGGAAUCAUCACGAUCUUCUCUGCACCCUGUAUUACGCCGUUCCUGACGGAUGCCGUCCUCGACUUGAGGCGAUCAAGAAUCUUGUUCACCCCGCCAGCUCACACCGCGAGACAUGCGAUAUCAGCAUAAGAUCAUGGGUUAGACUUGUUCGGUUCAAGUUAUCGACGGAUGAGGAUGUCUCGGGGCUGGAUCCAUUUGCCGAUUGGCAUAGCUAUUUCGUGACUGAGCUCCUGAAACAACACACCUUGGCUCGGAAGGAGAUUGAGGCGCAAGGUAAUUCAGACAGUCGCUUCUCCAAGCAAUUGAUCGAAAGCACGAUAUCACAGAAUCAACGGCAAAUUGAGUCCUUACUGAAGGUUGCUAUUGGUGGGUUACAGAGUGCUGUGCAGUUAGCGCCAACUUUGGACCAUGCGCGGAGGGUUGUAUCCAAGUUGCCUAUCAAGGCGAUACUAGGACUCUUCAAUUCUAGAGUUGCUCGUGUGAAUACUGUCGUUUCUGAGGCUCUACAAGUCGUCAUUACUUACACCCAGAAGUGUGAUCCUCCUGCCCCGGCCCCGAUUCCAGCGCCAGCUCCAGCUCCAGUGUCUACGGAUGACGACAGUCAAGAAUACGGGGACUGGUCUGCUAUCGAAGCCGCCGCCUAUGGGGAUGAUGAGGACGAGUUGAUGCCGAUAAACGAGGGAGUCGAGCACGUGGAAAAAGUCUUCCAUCCAGCCGUAUCCCGUCUAGUAUCCAACUGCUUCGGUGAAGACCACUCUCCAGAAGACAAGAUCCUCCUCGAUGUUGUAGACAGCUGGACCUCUGUUGCUCAAGUGCUUGUAAACCACAAAUUGCGGCAUUGGGACAAUUUUCUCGGUCCUUAUGCUGGUGAUUCCUGGGCGUCGCUUCGGUCUACGGUGCAAACUAGGAAGUUUAUGCCUCAAUUUCUGGCGAGCUGUGUUCGGAAAGAUUCUGAACUUCUUGCUCAAUGCAAAUAUCACGUUCUGGGUAUGUGGAUGUCGACAUUGGUGGAGAGGACGUCGAUGUUGAAGUUCCAGCAUCGUUUGACGGAAGCUUUGUUGAACGAGCUAUCUAUGGAUCCGUUGCUUGAGAACCUGCCAUUCUCCAGAGAUCGACUUGAUGACUAUUCCAUUACGCUGGAAGACUUCAGUCAACGGAGACUGUCACUCAUAUCGAGCCUACUGUCAAAUAUGCGCGAGCACCUCCAGGACCUGGAAGACAACAAGAGUCCAACGUUCUCAACUACGAAGCAGGAGUAUAGGGAACUUAUACAGAAACUGAUGUCGUCGAUGAAAGCCAACUACCAGGAGCUGGGUAACAGUGGACAAUCUGUCCAAGGUGCCUAUGUGGACUUCGUCCACCACGUUGUUGGAUUCCUGCAGCAGCAUUCGAGAGACAUCAGCCCUAUAGAUCCAUUCUUCACCGAUCCUACCUCGUUCCCUCUUCCAUCGACUGAUCCGUCGUACAUUGUUGCAAGACUGAAGAGUUACGAACCGAAACUGUCCGCUGAGAAGGUGGCGAGGACAUUGAUCAUUUUCGUGCAAGGGGUCUCUGAACGCGCGGCUAUCGAUGGUCAGCAGGUGUAUCUUGUUGACCAACUGCACGCAUCGAUGGCAGAUACCUAUGAAUCCGGGACUCCUGACCGACCAACGCUGCGGGGAAUCCUGCUUCAGUGCGUAUUCCCGGCCUAUCUCGAGAAUGCAUUUAGCAAUGCAGCGGCGUGGAUUUUGAGUCUUCCCAUACUGCAAGCAAUCUCGCGCACGCUCAAGGACUUGCGAUUCAACAUGGACACGACGGAUCCGAAUUGCGUCUCAUCAGUGCUCAAUACCAUUUGCUCCGUGUUGCAGUCGUCUUACCAUUCCCUGCGUCUCAUAGCAGAUAAUCUCAAUAUGCUCAAGCAACCGCCAGUCCUAAUCACAGCAGCAUCCUUCAUCGAGAUAAUCACCGUCACCUUGCCUAUAAUCGACUAUAUAGACCGCACCACCGGCACAGCAGCCGUAGCUAUCUCAGAGGCUCGUGCUUUCCGUCCUUUCGCCCUCUUCGCCGUUUUACACCUCCGCGGCCUGUCGUCAUUCGACAACCUCAUGGAAGACUUCACCCGGUCGUCCAAUGUGUUUGCAGAACAGGAAACACAUACAAAUACGACUACAGUCCCCCGCUUCUUCCACGAAGCCUGCCACUCCGCGUCUCGUGAAUUACAAGCGUACAUCAAUGAGAGCUGGUCCCGGCAUCAGGGCAAAUAUUUCUUCACACGGCGGGGCGCGCACCAACCGCAGGAAGUAGGUAUUGAUCCUUCAAUCAUGGUGAAGCUGGAGAAUUCGCCGGCCGCGAUGUUUGAGGGUGCUGUUGGAGGACUACUGAGAGCGUUCAAGAGUCUUGAUGUUUUUGAUGAUAGAUAUGAUUAG